UGUAGCACCUGCUGGGAGCGUUCCGUCCAUGGUUCCGUGGAGUAGCAUUGAUUGCGGUAGUAAGAGCGUGAAUAGAGACUGAAAGUCGCGCAUUUCAGGUCUUUUAUUACAUUAAUUUGUCCGAAAGUUAUAUAAAGUAUUGUUGAUAUCAUGCGGUUAAUGUAACCUCAUACAGAAAGCGGUUAUUAACCUAUCUAAGCUAACACAGUAACUACAGUGCGCCUGUCAAACCGCUCCCCGCCCUGUGAGCUGUCACAUCACGGAGAGCUGGACGGACAGGAAACAUGACCAGUUUAGCCAGUAAAGUUUUCGGCAGGGUCGACAGGGUGUGCCGCCACCUCCCAGUGGUCCUCAACACCUUCCUGGUGUUCUCGAUCACCGGGGAGGUGAGCUACUUGGUGCUGGUGGAGGCACCGCUGGAGGCGGACCAGGAGAAGACGGAGUGGUCAGGUUGGUGGAAGGUGGUCCACCUGCUGGCUCAGUACUUCAUGCUGGGGAACAUCUGCUGGAACGCCCUGCUCUUCGUCAAAACCAGCCCCAGCAUCAGGGGGGUGUUCCUGGGGGGAGAUGGCAUGGGCCAGGGGUGGAGGUACUGUUAUACAUGUGAGACACACACUCCUCCACGCUGCUCCCACUGCUACGACUGCAAAGUGUGUGUGCUGCGGCGGGAUCACCACUGUGUCUUUUUUGGCCAGUGUGUGGGCUUCCGUAACUAUCGCUACUUCCUGAGCUGCUUGUUAUUUAUGUGGUCGGGGCUCCUGUACGCCACUCUGAUGAAUGCAGAGGUCUUCAUUGUCAUAUUGAAGGAGGGUGUGACGAUGCACAGUGUCAUGCUGCUGCUCAUACCCUGGAUCAUGCUGGUGUCGGGCCAGGUGUCACCACGUGCCUUUGCCUUUGCAUUUAUCGCCGACACAUGCGUGGUGGGCUUCCUGCUGGUGUCCGCUUUCUUCUUCUUCCACCUCUUCCUGAUGUCUCGGGGACAGACCACCCGGGAAUGGUACUCGACCCGCCGGCCUUACAACCUUGGAGUCCUGGGAAACCUACGUCACUCUCUGGGCGUUUGUUGGUACCUAUGCUGGCUCUGCCCACUCAUCCCAUCACCUCUACCAGGAGACGGGAUACACUUCCAGCUCACAGGAUCGCUGGAGCCCAGCCGAUAACAGAUGAAAUUCGGAAUAUUAUCAGGCUGUGUGUCUUUGCUUUAGUGGUGAUAGUUAAUGUAAUCGGGAGCAGCAGCUGUAGGGAACAACACCUCGGUUCAUGAAGAGGUAGCUUGGGAUGGGAAGAAGCCAGAGCAGUGUGUGGUGGUUUAAGAUGUCACUGCGUAUAUCUGUCUACCGAUAUUUUCUCCGUAGCCUUUACCUGUGCUGAGACAGUGAAAUUAUGGGUCUACUUCAGAAGGGUACAUUGACCUCCAUUUAAGGUAUUCUGUAUAUUAACACAGAAAUUAGCAGUGUUCCUCUGGAAUACUGAGCACUGAAGAUGUAUCAAAACAACUCUGAGCUGAGAAUGUAUUUUAUUUAUCGUGUAACAUGUAUAGGUUGAAACCCUUGUUAACAAGCACUUGAGACUGCUGACUACAACCUCUGGGUAGUCACUUAAAUGGGCCUUCGUACUGUUUUUUUUUACAUAAAUCUGAAGGUUAUAAUCAGUUUGACUCAUGCUGAUGCUGAAAAAUCCAAUAGGAUUCUAAAUCUGCUGUUGUUCGUCACCAGCUGAGAUGUGCUUUUGUUUUCCACUUAUCGACAUCCACUCCUGAGCUCAAGCUGAUGUAUUACCCCGGGCUUUUUACUGGUUUUUGUUGCAUUAAGUGAGACAUAAAGAGCACUGUUUCCCAAUGAUGGAAAACACAUGUGUAAGAAAACAGUCAAUAGAAAUUGUACAUAACUUAAAAAAAGUUAGAGGAAUAAAUCGAUCCAGCUUUUCAGUUCCGAUUCAGAGCCUGUGGCCCAGUCCUUAGUACAUAUGAAUUGAACACAGUAUAAACAAGAAAACAUAUAGUUACGUGAUAUUUUAUCAAUAUUUACUCAAAACCGGCUUUGAUUUAGUAUGCCGUAUGGAUUUGGGACACAGUUAACAUGUCUCACAGCACUUGAUGCCAACUGACUUUUGCUACCUCAGUACGAUCUUUUUCUCUCUCUCUCUUUUGCACUUUUGCUUUUGUUAUUUUAUUUCUACUUUUCUGGCUGUAAAUGGAAAAAAAAAAAUGACACGUCUUUGUUUUGCCAGUUGAUUGCACUUGUCCUAAAAAGUCUGCCAAAAAUUGUUUGUUUAGGUUUUGUUGAUUGUUUGCCAAUUAUACAGUAUGUCUGCCUAUUUUCUUUUGUUGGCUAUGUUAUAUGGGUCAUACCCAAUAAAUUAUUUCAAGGGAA